AUGGCUUUGGAGCUUCAUGUUUGGGGCCCGGCGUUCGGCCUUGACUCCAUCGACCCUGAGUGUUUAGCUGCCAUUGCUUGCUUCCGCUGUGCGCUCUCGAGCGAGAACUGGACACUGAUCGCCAGCAAUGACGCUUCACUCAGCCCGGAUAACGUGCUGCCUGCCUUGUACCAUAAAGGUACCUGGACAUCAGGAUACGCAAACAUAGUCGGGUACCUAAAGCAACAUGCAGGAGGUGAAACCAAUCUGCUCAUCGACCAUGACCUCACACCGCAGCAAAGGGCAGACCUCGUGGCCUACUCCUCUUACCUUACCGCUCGCGGGUCUGGUCUGCUAGCCUUGUCGCUUUAUGCCUCACCGAAAGCCUGGGUUGAGAUCACGCGCCCCGCCUAUGCAACGGUGCUUCCCUUCCCGCUAACAUGGACGGUACCAACGGCUAUCCGCGCUGCUGCCGUUGAGAAGGCCGAACACCUCGGCAUGGGCUACCUGGCUGCCGAGGUAGAUGCUGAGGAAUCGUCCUCCCAGGGUGCGGCGGAAACCACCUCUACCGGGUUCCUUCGUCUCCGUCAGACCCUAGGCCCGAGCAAGACGUUUCAGCCUGAACAGACGGCUGCCAUCCGCUUCCAGUAUCUAGCAGACGACUUCUACUCGACGCUAGAUCAACUUCGGGGAGAGGGACAAGGGAAAUUCCUUCUUCGAGACGGAGAGCCAACUUCGCUUGACUUCCUGGCAUAUGGCUACCUGUCGUUGAUGCGAGUGCAGACGCCGCACCCGAUCCUGAAGACCGUUCUUGAGAAGAAGUAUGGCCGCUUAGUGGACUUCCUUGGUGCCGUGGACGCAUACAAGACGGGGUACACAUUGCCAUGGCAACAAGCACAACCGAGAGGCGCACUCGGACUGCUGGGCAGCUUUUCUGAUGGCGUCAUGGAAAACGUACCCAGCGUAGGGAACAGUUGGAAGAGAUGGCGUCGAGGCGGUAUCCGGACAGAAGCAGGCGAAGAUGUGAAGGACCUUACGCAAUUGGGUCUCGUUGUUGGCGGAGCGUUCGUGGGACUGGCCGCAUUGGGUGCUACAGCGCUGUUCAGGGGCCUGACGCCCUUUGGCGAGAGCACUCACCGCUUCGAGCCCACCAAAGAAGAUAAACCCAACUUGCAUCAGUUCGGCGAGAUAGGGGCCAUGCUUAACGCACUACCUGUCUGGGAUCCUCCACAGGCGUCUCCGCCUGUAGGAGAUACAGUGUAUCACAAGGGCGAUGUUGAUGUGUCGGUUGACGUUGCGCCUGUGCCUGCGCCAGGGUCGCUACCAGCAUGA